GCCGGCUGCCCGCAUGGCGAACCAGUCGCAGUGUCUGGACGAUGCGCCCUUUCGGGGCUUCCGCCCUCUGUGGGACCCCAGCCCGCCGCAGGUCUACAGCGAGGCGCAGCGCCUAGCCCUGGAGGAGCUCAUCGCCGCUGGCCGGCCGGCCUUCCACGCCUUCUUGCGCCGGGAGAAGCUGCGCGCGUUCCUCUCCGAGCCCGAGAUCCGAGCGGUGCUGCGCGCCGCCGUGCCUCCCUCGGGCGCGGACGAGAGUUCGGAUCAGUCCCCCAACUCCUCUCUGGAUUGCUCGUCUCUCACUUACUUCCCGGUGCAAUCCGACGUGGAGCCGCCUGUCCUGGAGCUGGGCUGGCCGGCCUUCGUCGGCGGCUCUUUCCGGGGGCUCACCCGGGUAGAGGCGCACUUCCAGCCCAGCUUUGGCGAGACCAUUUACCCCUGCAAGGAGGCGGUGCGCAAGCAGAUCCGGUCGGCCAGGGAGGUUAUCGCUAUAGUUAUGGACUCCUUCACAGACAUGGACAUCUUCAGUGAUCUCCGGGAAGCCUGUAGAAAGAGGCUGGUUCCUGUCUACAUCCUCCUGGAUCAGGCCUUUCUUUGUCAUUUUAUGCAGAUGUGCAAAAACCUGGAUUUUUCUCCUGAACAUGAGCAUCUGAUGAGAGUCCGAACUAUUACUGGAAACACUUAUUAUGCAAGAUCAGGAGCCAAGAUAAUUGGGAGUGUCCAUGAGAAGUUCAUGUUGGUUGAUGGUGUAAGAGUGACUACAGGCUCUUACAGCUUCACAUGGACUGAUGGGAAACUAAACAGCAGCAACGUAUUGCUACUCUCUGGCCAAGUGGUUGAACACUUUGAUCUGGAGUUCCGCAUCUUGUACGCACGAUCGAAACCUCUUGACCCGAAGCUGCCAUCCAGCUGCAGGAACAGCGAUGCCUCUGAGCACAUGAGCAGUAAAGCAGCACCUUGCAAAGACUUCACCGUGCAUAACCUCCUGAGAGCGGAGUUCGCCAGGCUCUCGAGCAGCCCAAAGAAGCUCGAGAGAGAACUGGAGCUGGCGAGGGAACUCCAAAGUGGAAGGGUGACCGCGAAGCGCCCUCACCUUAGUGGCGAUGAGGAGUGGCACAAUGGCCCUGAGGUCCUAGCGAACCCUAAGGGGACAAAUAGCCAAUCAACUCAGACCGAGCCAUUGGAAGAGAAGCCCACCACUGCCCUCUUUAACUGCGCCACACAAACCAGCAUUUCAGUGGCAACAGCCACCACCCAGACCACUACUCGAUCCAGGAUGGUGGGCACUCAGACGACCGUUUUGUACAAGACCGCCACAACGCAGACCGAGCAGAGGGAGGCUGCAGAAGUGGCCCAGAAUCAAAGGGUACCUGAUCAAAGGCUGCCCGAACAGAGAGUGAUCUCCAAAGAAGCAUCUCCUGAUCAGAGGGUGCUAGCUAAAGAAGUAUCUCCCAUUUCUAGGAAGGCCACUUCAACUUCAUCUAGCGCUCGGUCAUUUUCUUCGCUGUCUUCCCAGUGCUCUCGGGCAAGCUCUACGGGCUCACUGACAUCCCUGAGGUCCAUAGACUAUGCCGCCAACCACAGGGCCGACUAUUUCUGCAAGCUGAACAAGGAGAGGGAAUUCCACUACUCCGUCAUCCGGUCCAAGCUGAAUCACAUGGUUUCCAUGCUGUCUAGGAGGGGCAACGUGGCAGAAAACUACAUAGGCUGCCGCCCAAUGAGGUGCAACUUAAAGCCUAGGCAGCGGAUCAGCACGAGCCUCAUAAACCUCAGAGACUUUGCACUGUAUUCAUCAAAUGACUGCUUCUGAGAAAUGGGAUUGUGAGUGCUGGCACACAUAAAUGCCAUACGA